CUUUCGGUGUGCUAGUGCAACAUGCAAUGACAAGUUCACAAAGGUUUCUUGAACUCGAUUUUACAAAAUAUUGACACAGAUUAGAGGUUAUCUUGCUUUAAUCUGUGACCAUCGAUAAAGACAAACCAACCCUUGAAACAACCACAACCACCAUGACUCUAAACCUAACCAAGGAAAACCGCAUUUACAAGAAACUUUUCACUUUGAAACCCUCCCAAAGAGACGGCUUAGUGCUAAACAUCCACCACACCGACAGAAACGCGCAGAAGAUCCGCUUUCUCAGUUGCUGUUUCAGCAAAAAUGGUCAAACACUGGCCUUGGCCGACUACGAGGGCAACAUCUUUGUGAUCGACUUCACGAGCACCAAAUUCUGGAACAUCCCAAAAUUCACAAACACUUGCGUUAUGGUCAAGUUUUCGCACUUCAAAGAGGGCGAAAUUUUAGUGGGGGCACAUUGUGGCGCUGUGUACGUGGUUGAGGCCCAAACUGGCUUCGUCUGCGGCCAGUUGAGGGGCCACCAGAGCCCUGUUAAUUGCAUGACGUUUGGUAGUAACUUUUUGUGCCUCACGGGGUCCACAAGUGAGGCGAUUUUGUGGGACUUGAACACCAACAGCAAGCUGCAGGUGCUCAGUUUGCAGCACAGUUGCGCCCUGAAAUAUGUGUGCUUCAUUCCCGUUUCCUCCUAUAUUUUGACAUGUUUCAACGACGACGUGAUCCAGAUCUGGCAGUUUGGCACGUUUGAGAUGAAGACUGAAAUACCACCUCUGGUGUGGUUCAACCACGAAGUGAAAAACAUCACGUUCACACAGGACGGCAAAGUGAUGGUGAUUGGUUGCCGCUCACCACACCUCGCCCUCUUCCUACUCUCGAACUUCAAACUAUUUAAAUUUAUAACAUUGCCAGAACACAUCCAGUCACUGAAACACAUUGAUUUCAUCCCCCAGCCAAACGACGCCGGCUCGAAUAAAAUUUUAGCCAUUUUAUCAGGCCGUGGCACUGUUUAUUUCUACGACAGCCACCAAAAUGUUCUAAUGAGCGAAUUAGUUGCAAAUUACGAAAUUUCAAAAUACGAUUUUUCGGCGAGUUAUAUGGCCUGUGUUUUAUCGUCCGGUGACGUCAAUAUCUACGAUGUGACCCAAUACGUGGUUGUGCCACUCAAACUGAAGGCCGUUCGGGCAGAAAGUGCGCGAAAAAAAGUCAAAUUGAAGCGAUGUUUGGAGAAAAUGGGCAUAGUCAAGGAGCAGAUUAGGGAGAUUCUCGAGAUUGAAAAAUUGAGAAUGAUAUUGAAAGAGUGUGGCGAGUUUCCCGAUUCAUACCGGACCAAAAUUUGGGAACACUUGUUGGCACUUCCCAAUAAUAGGGAGCUCUACAAUGGGAUUAUCAACCACCGAAUGAUAGUCUCAUUUGAGGAUUUGUGCCGCAAAUACCCGCUUGAAAACAAGCGAAACCUCAAAAACCUCAAACAACUGUUGGAUAAUUUGGUCACGUGGUGUCCCUUCUUCCUCAACGUGGAUUAUUUGCCACUUUUUGUGUUCCCCUUUGUCAAGGUUUUUAUUAACAAGCCGUUGACGUGUUUUGAGGCCGUUUGCACGAUAAUUUUGAACUGGUGUCAAUUCUGGUUCGAGUACUUCCCUCUCCCUCCAAUCAACAUACUUGCGAUGAUUGAAAACGUCCUAAUGGUACACGACCCCGAACUUUUGGACUUCCUAACCAGAAAAAAAGUCUCUUCCGAAUUGUACGCAUGGCCGAUUUUGCGAACUGCAUUUUCCGAGGUUUUGACAGCGCCAUCCUGGAAAAUUUUCUGGGACCAUGUUUUAACAAACGAACCUUCGUUUCUACUGUGUGGAGUCGUGGCUUACAAUAUUUUACAACGAACCUCCAUUUUGAGUCUUAAAGACGAUAAACAAUUUCGGUGUUUUUACAAAACGCAUCAUCCCAUAGAUGUUAAAAAAUUGCUAACGAAAAGUUACCACAUUUUGGCCAAGACGGGCGAGGCCGUGCACCCACGGCAAUAUUUGAACAUGUUCAAGAAAAUUAAUUUGGGGGAAUACCCCAAUUUUUGUGAUUACCCCAAAACCAUGAUCGAGAUGUCGGAUAAAGAGGCCGAGAUGAAGAGAGAGAUGGCGGGGUUGAAAACAGACGAGGUUGAUUUGUUCAGACGCCGAUUGAUUAGUUUGGAGCGGUUGCAAAAUUUCGAAGUGGAGGAAGAAGAGAAUAAGCGAAUUUUGGAAAUGGAACGCGCGAUUCGUAAUCAAUUGUUGGAGGAGCAAACCCGUGUCCAGGAGUACUACGAAAGGGUGGCCAACCUGCGCGAAAAAUUCCACCAAGAAGACAAAAUUUUGGCCUCCUUAAGACACCAAAUAGCGAAGGAACAGCAAUUGAAAAGCCGCCGAAAAUACCUAUCGUCGAUUAUGGACGAUGUCAGGUUCCGAAAAGGCGAGAAAGGUUACGCCUUGACCAAGACCGAGGACGAACUCCUCUUCCACUAUGCCGAACUUUUGAAAAACAAGUACAAAAUCGAAAAGUUACUAAACACUGAUGAAGUUGUCACAAGUACAAAACUAUCAGUUGAUCAACAACAGGAACAAUUAUCGAACGAAAUCAAUUUUGUGCGGAGUAGUGAAGAGCCCCGCAAACAUUUGAAGAUGUUAAAUCUGACAACGGGGCUUGAAGCCAUGGAUGCUCUAAUCGAAAAAGUCGAAAGUGAGCUGGAAAAACAAAAGAGCGGGAGUGACAGUGAUGCCGAUCGACGCGUUGUCGCCCUGCAAGCGGAAAGCAAAGAGUUGGCGUUGAAAAUUGCCAAUUUAAUCGAGCUACUUGCCAAUUUAAGGAGUGAGGAAGUGGGCGGAUAGCACAAUCAAUUUUAUUAUAAGUUGUAUCGUUUCUAUUUAUACGUUUUAUGAUCUCAUAUGCACCUGUGAUAUGUUUUUAAACGGCAAUAAAUUUACAAACCGA